UGACUGGUCGCAGAGGACGUUGCGCAGCUGCCUUGGAAAUGUCAGCCCGGUCGGAGCGGGAUUCUUGGAGCCACAAGUACCGGAGACAGCUUUCCACUGACGUCCAGCAGUACCGGCAUAUGACGGAGAUACUACACCGGCCGAGCGGAAUGGCAGUGCAUGGUUUGUCUGGAGAUGCUGUGAGUCUGAAGGGAACUCUGUCAGCGUAUGAGGAAAACUUCCCAGUAGCUCUUCCUGUACUGCUGGAUGUGGUCAGGGGUCCAGACCAUCUUCCUGCAGAUGAAAAGUCACAGGAAAUGCUGCGAGGGAAACUGUGCAUGCUGGAGGCUGACAGCUCCGAGGUCAAUACCCUAUUUAAGGAGCUGUCCGCCCAUCUCAUCUCCAUCAACAGUGAAAGAAAAGCCAUUUAUGUGAUGUUCACAACGUUUGAAGACAUAUGGAAGUUCACCACAUAUUACAGAAUAGGUUUCCUGCGCCAUUGCAUGGAGAACCUACUGCUAGAGCAGACGUUCUGGCUCAGUUCUUUGAAGGAUGACUUUGCUAUUGAGGUGACCAUUCAGGAGGAAACACUUAACCUUUUCUACAGAGGCAUCCUCCUACAAGAAGGUUCAUUGUUUGCCAGUUGCAGUGCCAGCCAGAUGUUUGACAGUUCAACCUCUGGAGGAGACCUGUACUUGGAGCAGGGAGACAUAGCCCAGUUCGAGCCUCCCUUCCUAGGCUCAGGGUGGACUGUUCUCUGUCUGGCUGAUGGAGCACGGGGCACUGCACCUAGACCUGCUCUGGAGCCAGUCAUCCCUUUCCAUCAGUGGUUUCUCAAAUCUUGUGCAGAAAGCAUUUUAAUAGGUGAUGGGAAAUCUACCUGUGACUUCCCUCUGCACUUUGCCAGAGGAACCUGUCUAGCUAAAAAGGAGUAUGAUGCUGAGGGCCCGGACGAGCUGAGUGUGUCACCUGGUGAUCCCAUCACGAUUGUGGGAUUUUUGGUGCCUUGUUUUGAUUGGUUCACGGGGAAGAAGGAAGCAACAGGAGAAAUAGGUCUGGUCAGGACAAGCUUGGUAAAACCGUCCACUGACGCUUACGACUCUGCAGAGAUUUUUUUAGAUGAAGAGGAUUGGAUUUUCUCGAGUCCGCAAGAGGAAAAAGUCAUCGAACAAUCCAUUGCCAUAUUGAAGAAAAAAUCUCAUAAUGAUAUUGGGCAUAAUUACAAACUAGAUAUGGUCACUUAUCAGGAUUCUGAGAAAAAAACAUCACCCAGCUUUUCAAGAAAAGUUGAGUCUGAACAGAAAGAGUUCAAGACAAACAUUCACAGGUUUCUUGAUCAAGACAAACAGUCGACCCCUCAUUACACCGUAACCAAGAGGGAGACUCUAGAGGAAUCGGGCCUGGCUGCGGAGGCAAAAAGCCCCAAACUUCCCUCUUUCGUGGUGCAACCAGUUGAAGGGAACAAGAACACAUUGAUUCCACUCUUAUCUUUUUUGGACGGCCGAGACUACAAAGUAGAGUUUGGCAUUCUGUACGGACUGAGUUCUGAAAAACUGGCCUCCUCCACUUUCACUGGUCACUGUGAUGAGGAUGAACUGAUUUCCUUUCUGGGUGUUGCCAGGGAGACAGCCAGGAAGAAACACCUUUUCUGGUCACAAACUCGUUUAUGCUUCCUGUUGGGGAAGCUCUGUGUGGGUAGGUCAAAGUUCAAUCAAGCCCAGGUUUAUUUUGAGGAAACUCUCAGUGUCCCAAGAGAAGGCUUCACAGACCUCAGGCUGUUGGCCAGCAUCUUCUCCAACCUUGCUGCAACAUAUCUUUUGCAGAAAAAUACAGAAAGUUUCUUUGCUGUGACAGAACGACUUGUUGCCUUACUAAUAGGAAUCCCAGAUUGUCUGAAAAGCUUAGAGGACAACUCUUCUCUUAAAUACAUGCUCAAGAAAGCUAUCCUCUCUCACAACAAAAUGGCAGAAGCCCGGGCUUGUCUGCUGUUGGCAAAGCACCACUGGACUUCUGCUAUGGGAGCUCAAGUUGUUCCUUAUCUGGAAAGGCUACUCAUUCUUUGUGAUGAAGCUCAAAGACCAUGGAGGAUCUCUCCCAGUCAUGGAUAUCUGGCGCUGGGAAAGCUUUACAGUGAACUUCACCGUCCCCACCUCAGUGCCAGUUCAGUCAGGAGAGCUUCUCUGCUGCCCUCUGCCACGCUCUCUGACUGUCUUGGCAGUAUGGUAUUACUUUUGGACACUGUCGCUGAACAAGAAACCCCCGUUCCACCUCAGAUGGCUCCAUAUUUGCACAAAGCUCUCACUUUUCCAAAGCUCCAAAGUAGAGAGAGAAACCAUUACCAAAUUUUGAGCCACCAGCUCACUGUUUGUCUUUGCCAACUCUAUUGCAAACACAAGAUGACGGGACAUGCGAUUUGCCAUAUGCAGGCUCUCAUCAACAACAGUCCUUCGAGGCAAGUUUGCGUCUCUGUUUCAGAAAGAAAAGGUUUUCUCAUCUGGCUGGCGUGGCUUUACAUUGACAACAGUCAGCCUGCAGUUGCUUUGGACAUACUGGAAUCAAUCCUGGCUUCGAUUCCAGAGCACUGCACAACUCCUCAGGAAGGUGUGGUUCUCAACAUGCGGGGCGUGGCACUUCGAUGUAUGGGUGAUGUUCGGAGGGCAGCAGAGAGCUACCAGGCUGCUAUUGACAUCUGCCAAGAGUUUGAAGAUAUGCCAAACGGGGCCGUAGCUCAGGCCAAUCUAGGGUUGUUGUGUCUGAAGGCUGGAGCGAAAACACUAGCAGAGAGGCAUCUGUCUGAGGCAGUUCAGCUUUUCUCUGAGCUCAGUGAAGAAAGCAAUGUGGAAAACUUUAUCCCCGUAUUGAUGGAGCUGGGAAAGUAUUAUGUGAAGCAACAGCAGCUGGACUAUGGGAAAGGAUGCUAUGAGUGGGCUCUGCUUCUGGCAAUCAAUGCUAACUUGUUAGAGUACGAGCUCAGUGUAACACGAUGUCUGUGUCGUCUGUAUGAGUGUAAGAUUCCAAACCAGGUUCAGUGGAUAAUCUACAGUCAGCACCGAGUCCAGCUGCUGAGACACACCGGAUACAGAGAACAGGAGGGAGAAGCACUGGAAGCAAUCAGCCAGAUCUACCUUUCUAUUGGCACAGAACAGGCGUACCGAGCUGCUCUUGACUACACCAAGACCAGUCUGGGUAUUUUCAUUGACCUGGGCUGCAAGGAGAAGGAAGCAUAUGGCUGGCUACAAGCCGGGAAGAUCUACCAGCUGCUGGGCCAGAUUGAACUGGUGGACAUUUAUGUUCAGGCAGCUCAGGAUGUAGCUUUGAGCACAGGAGACACAAGCUUUAUCUUGAAGCUUCUUGAAACUGCAGGAGACAUUUUCUUCGACAGCUGCCGGGACAGGGACAAGGCUGUCCUCUUCUACAGGGACCGUGCUCUGCCAAUCGCAGUGAAGAGCAACAGCAUUCACAGUAGACUGAGGUUGUGCAAUAAGCUCACUGAAGUGAUGUUCUGUCUCAAGCUGUACGGGGAAGCAGUGGAGUUUGCUCACAUUGCAGCUGACAUCAGUAAGAGUCUGGGUGAGCGUCUGAAUGAGCGAGUGGCGUGCCACCGUCUGGGCUCACUGUACCACUGUCUGAAACAGUGUGAACUGGCUGAGCACUAUUACCUGAAGACCCUGACCCUCUGCCCAACACCUCUGCAGUUCGAUGAGGAGCCACUGUAUUAUGUGAGGCUGUACCAAACACUGGGAGACAUUAUAUUCACUGAUCUGAAGGACCCUUUUGAUGCUGCUGGAUACUACCACUUAGCUCUCGCUGCAGCCAUGGAUCUGGGCAACAAAAAGUCUCAGUUGCAGCUGUGCACCCAACUCGCCACCAUCUACCACAACUUCAUAAUAGACCGGGAGCGCUCGCUCUUCUUUUAUCAAAAGGCACGAGGAUUUGCUGCAGAGCUGAACGCAAAGAGGAUAAAUAUUUCACCAGGCCAGCAGUACAGCAGCGCACAAUACAAGAAUAUAGGACAGUAGGAGGGACACUGCAUGAAGACAGGAGAUGCUAUUUGUUGGUACAGAGUAGACAUGAAGCAACGUUCCACACUGAAGAUGCUUUUCAAAGUUUCACAGUUUUGUUUUCCAACAUGAUGAUAAAGUCAAUAAUUCCAGAGAAAAAACAGAUUUUUUUCAGCAGUUUAAAUAAUAAAACGUCAUAACUCUGAGCCACCGUUGCUGUAAGACGAGCGUGCCAGCGGCAUAAACCAGGCAUAUACUGAAAUUUUUUUAUCAUUGAAAUGAAAUACAUAAUGAAAUAUUUAUUUAAUAUCGUUUGUUUUAGGUCACAUAGAGGGAUCUUUGUCUCAAACCUAAUUAAGCUCUUUAAUUCGAUGUUUCUUUCUGAGACGCACCGUGUUUGAUGCUGUUUGCUUCCCUGAAAUCUGAAUGCCUGUGGGUCUCUAACUUUAUCUUUGUGUUUACUUCAUAUUUCAUUUAAAUAGACAACUGUGAACAGGUACGUCCUGACACGUGGAAACAGGGAAACACUGUUCACUCGUUUAAAAUCGACAGCUGGUCACUAGUGAACAUCCCAGGCUGGAUCUUAUUCAUGUAACUUUCUUUUUUUUUUUUUUAAUUAGUUUUUCUGUUUUCACAAACAGUACAUAAUUACAUAACAUAAUAAAGUGUACAAUUCAGAACCAAAAAUAAAUAAAUAAAUAAACAAAACAAAUAAACAAAACAAAAAAAACAGACUGAUAACUAAGCACAGAACGACAGCUCAGUUCCAUCUAAAAAAUAAAUAAAUAAAGAGAAAAUACAAUACAGUACAAUACCUGUGGUCCCAGUAUUACGUUGCAGUUUGAACACUCAAGAGAAUCCUUGUAACAUAAUAUUAGAAACAUCAGAUUCCACAUAAUUCAAGUAUGGUUCCCACACCUUAAAGAAAUGAUCUGUUUUUGAGUGCAAUACACAUGUAAAGAUAUUCCAAUGGCACUAGAUCCAACACUACUCAUUGCCAACCUAAAUCCAUUGGAGUAUUAUAUUCUUCUUUGCCGCAUCGGUGAGAACACAGUACAAUCUCCUAUUAUUCUUGGAUAUUAAUCGCCGGCUGGGAAGGCCCAGUAUAAGAGACAGAGGGUCCAUCUCCAAUUCACAACCGAAAAUCUUCUCCAUUUGAGAUAACACAUUAGACCAAUAUUCUUGCAAUUUCAAACAUGACCAGAAGCUGUGAGUUAGGGUACCAAUUUCUGUCUUGCAUUUGAGGCACAUGGGUGAAAGGGUAGGAUUAUACUGAUGUCUGCGAAAUAUGGAUAUAUGCAUUCUGUGUAUGAUUUUUAACUAUUGCUUUGGUACGAUUACAAACUGAGAUUGAUUUGGCAUAACUCCAGACAUCUUUCCACUCUUCAUCAUCAAUUGCUAUACCUAACUCCUUUUCCCAUGUGCCUUUAAGCCUCUGUGACAUCACUGAAAGUACAGAAUAUAAAGCCUUAUAAAAUAUCUUAUUCAUGUAACUUUCUAAAGUGCACUUGCUUACUACUUUGAUGUGACUUUGAUGGGAGAAAUAAUUAUUCAAUCCCCUGUUGAAUUUUUAUGAAAUGAAUAGUCCUUUACUUCUGUAGUCUAAUAGUUCUUUAUAAUAAUUUCAGUUUGAUGGAGAGAGACAGAAUCUCAAAAAACUCGGAAACAUUACAGUUACUUGAAGUUGAUUUAAUUUAAUUAAUUUGUGCGUUUUUGAUCCCCUACAAGCCAGUUUGACCCCAGUGUAAUCUGUGCACCACAGAGUCAGUCAAUUACAAACACUCCUACUCUCAGUUUGUUAUGUGUACACUGCAUGAGUGUGUUAUGGGAUCAGCCGCCUCAAGGUCAGAGGUCAAGUUUUCUGAAAAUAGUUUGAAUGCAGUAAAUGAGUUAUAUGAGUGACAAGUACGAACAGUUCUAAAGACGUUCUCGUAUUUUUAACAAUUACCGGAUGAUUCCCAAAGAGUUGGUGAUCAAAUAUUGUUGGGUCCUGAAAAAAAACUGGAUCAGUGGACAAAAGAAGUCACGAAGCUGAAACGGUACAUCUGAAAGUUGUGACUUUCACCUGCAAAAGGUCACACACACAAAAAGCAACAGUAUCUUGUAUAGUAUCAAAAACGGUAGCUUGUGUCAUAUGAAGCAUGUCAGUUUGCCUCCUGUUUCUACAGGAGCAGAGCAACUGCCAGUACAGUCCUGAAAACCUGGAGGAGCCUCUGUUGUGGUUUGGGGCUGCCAGACAGAAUUUUGUGUUGCGCUGUUCAUUUUGUCUGCUGUAUUUUUCUUUAUGUAAGCUCUUAGUGGCAGCUGACUAGCUGGAGACCAAAUGGUACUGACUAUAAACUGGGAUUGGAGCAUAAGAGAAAGCAUAAAUGUACUGUCAGAUAUUAUCUGUCAUGCUGUACCAUCUAGAAAACAUCUUGUUGGCAACAGCUUCAUUCUGUAGUUUGGAAAUCAUUCCUAACCAACGCAGUAAAAUCAUCGUUGAAUAGACUGAAGUCAUGGAUUAGCCUUCCGAGAGUCUGGAAUCUCAACAUCGUUGAGGUAGUGUGGGAUUAUAUGGACACCAACAGGAACACAGGAGAGAAUGUUGAAAGAGUCUGCAGAUCAUCUACCUCCUUUAAGAUGCUUGGAAAACUGUAGACCUGAAGACUAUUUAAAGGAAGUACAACAAAUGGCACUUAAGAGAGUGCCAUUUGUUGUGUUGAAGAAUAGAGAUGGCCAGCAGAAUUGUACAAACCCUGGUUUUGCCUCAUGUACUGUUUUUCCAUGUAAAUUAGGUGCAGCUAUUGAUUAAACCUAUUUCCCGUUUUCCUAGCAAAAUAUUAAAAAGUGACGAUUGACCCAAGACUUUUGUAUAGUGCUGGAAAUAGUUGGGGUUUUUUUUGUAAAUCAUACAAUUUUAAAUUCUAAAUCUUUUCAGUUUUUAUUCUUUAAACAUUUUAGUGUUUCAGGAGAUCAAUCCUGGAUUUAUUUUUUAUUUGUUUGUUUGUUUGUUAACAAUAAUAAAUCUUUUUGGAUGUCAGAAAAACAACCUACUGUCUUCUGAGUUGACACAAGGACAAA